GCAGUUCGCACGCAGUCGCAGCGGCAAACCCCCACCAUCUCCCGCGCCCCCCAAAAAUGGCGCCUCCCCUAGACGGCCUCACCAAGCUGCUCGCCGAGGUAGCCUCCCGCCUCUCCCGCCCACCCGGCGUCAUCGGAGCCGGCCCCUCUUCCUCCUCCUCCUCCUCGGGCGACUCGCUAUCAGCCUCCAUCUCCUCCCUCGCGGCGGCCCUCAACCCCAGACCCGCCGCCGCCGCCACCGGGACCAGGGUCCUCGACGCCGCGCUCUCCCUCAUGUGCUUCGACCCACUGGAGGUGGAUAGGGCUCGCGUUGAAUGCCUGGUACGCACCAUCACCUCCGCGCUCUCCGCGUCGGUUUCGUGCCGAGUGGUUCGGACCGAUGAUUGCGGCGGCGAGAUGCUCUGCGUUGGGAGCUCCGUAUCGCCCGGGGACUGCCGCGAGCUAGUCAGCUUGUGCGCCUCCCUCGUCGAGAAAUUGGGGGAUCGUGAUGGACAUUCUUAUGAUCUAUUGCACACUGUUGUGAAAACGACGCUGCUAUCUCCUCGUUACCAGUGUCUCUUUCCUUUACCAUAUUACAGAGAAAAUGGGGAGAAAAAAUAUGAAAUGGCUACUGUUGCUGUGGAUUUAACAAGGCAUCCAUCCUACCAAGUGAUCCCUAGUGAUGGUUCAAUCCCGUUGAGGGUCCUUUUGUGGCAUCUCGAUCCAUCAAUUCUAAAGCAUGAUCUUUCAGCGAUGCUACAUGAAGCAAUUACACGGCCCUUCCUCUGCCUGAGAAAAGAAUUACAUGAUCGGAUAGCAUGGCGUGUGAUCAUCAUAUGCUUAGUUUGCUUCCCACCUGCAUUUUUGGAGAUGACAUCACUAUUCCACAGCUGGUUUCUUGCGACGGGUAUGUGUUCUGUGCUAGGACUUUGCACGGCCAUGGUAUCAUCAGUAUUAGACGUUCUUCUCGAGCCAAUGGGGUGGGGAAUAUCCAUGGAAUUGGGACAGAAAUUUCCCUUUACACAUGCUUAUUUCCCAAGCGAGCAUAGUGACUUACUCUCUAUACUAACUGGACCCAUAUCGUGCGGAAGAUUUUUGGAUCUUGUUUCUUAUAUAGAAGCUAUGGUUUAUUCGGGCAAAACAAGAGCUGGUAACUCAAAAUCAUCGAAGGGAACACACUUUGGUAAUAAACAAUUAUCAAAGGGAUUGCUCAAAUUCAAAUAUAGUUCUGCUUGGUCAACAAUAACAAAUUUCCCUAUCUGGUUCAGUUUCGCUGCUGCCUUACUUUUUCACCGGGAAGGUUUUCAAGGUUAUUUAUCAGAAAUAUUAUCAGAGGAGAAAGUUUCUGAAUCAAUAAGUGAUAUCAGUCUUGCGCGGAGGGCAGCAUUUUACCUUUCUUGGGUCUUAUGCCCUUCUAAUGAAGAUGAAUGCCAGAUGCUUGCUAACAAUAUGGUGGAGUUAUCAAAUUCUUGGGCCAGGAACAUCAAAAGCCGGCCCAGCUAUGCAUACCAUACUAGUACUGUAAAUCACAGGAGGAGGCUACGAAUACCCACAGUUGGGGAUACCGAGAAACUUCAUAUGUCAACCAACCCUGUCAGUUCUCUUAUUCAAGAAUUUGAUAAUCGUUGUGUGAACUUCUGUAACCAAACUGCGGUUAGUCAAGUGCAAGACGAACUAUCAGGCUUCCCUCCCUCAUGCAUUAGUUUUCUGCAUCUACAGAUUCCUUUAGGAGUGUUGCUUGUGUCCUCUAGUUGUGUUAAAGAUCAUGAUCAUGACGUGCUUCUGCACUACGCAAGCUCUGGUCUGAUUCUGGAGGCAGAUAAGGUGCAGACAAAAACAAAAGACCAUGUUGGUAAUCAUGGUUUUUCAGCCAGUCGUAGAGGUUUUACUGAAAGAUGGGCUUUAAGUGGUGCAUGUGUAAUCUUUAGUUGGUUUGACGUUAUUGAUGAUAUGUCUGCAGUGAUCUUUGAAUGUGAAGACACAUGUCAACAUUUUGUCAGUGAACUCAGAACCAAGACAAGCCCAUAUUUAAUCAAUUGUGUAAAUUUAGUGCUGAAUGAGGCAGGUCAAGAUAAAGAUUCUGUAAUCGAUCUUCAUGACAGGUUGCUAGAUUGGAAUAAUAAACUGAAAAGUUUUGAUGGUUGUGAGGCAUUCAAAGAUGUUAUCCUUCAACUGAAGAAAAAGGUCCUGCUUCCUUCAUAGCAUGGUCAAGGGGUUUUAUAUAAGUGAUAACGUUCCCUAUUGGAUUGUUGGUCUCUUUUGGCGGUUAUACUACUGACUAUGUUGAGGUGAAACAUAGCCAUUCAGCUCUUGGCCAUUUCUUACCAGGAUUCUGAGGUUACCAGAAGUUCUGUCUGUUCAUGCAGUGCAACCGUGCCAGUAAUUCUGACCAAUUCUACCCUUGUACAUAAUGUAAAGUAACAUCUGUCAGUGUAGAUGGUGUUAACUAACAUCUGUCAGUAUAGAUAGUGUUAACUAACAUCUGUGGAGCAUAAAUUGGGCAAGGCAAACGAGUAAAACACCGCCUUCAAUUCCAAGGAGAUAUUUAUAUUUAUUCUGAGCUACUGCUGGACAUGAUAGAGUAACUUGGGGAUGCACUGUAUCUUUCCUGAUUCUCUUGCUGCUGCACCACUGUUCCUGGGUCAUCUAUUUUUUAUGUGCACUAGAUUGCAGAUAAUGUAGAAGAAAAAUAGUAUCAAAAUGCUUAGAAGUAAAUUCCAUGUAACAAAUCAGACCUAACAAGUAACAGAUAAGACAACAGUUUGAUUUGGUGUGAUGAUGUUAUUUGUGCCCUUGCAAGACUGGAGAAAUACACUUUUGUCUGUUCAGCAGUUUCAGGUGAUUUAGCUCUUACUUUUGUUUUUUUACGAGAUCACACUGUUACCUCUCAUAUAUUGCAACUUUGUUACUCUGCAAUUGGAUAGUAUGAUAGACAAAAGCGACCGAUAUGUUUGCACUUUGCAGCU